AUGACCAUUGAGGACCAGGUAUUGUUAACACUCAUGAGACUUCGCUUAGGGCUUUUGUAUUUAGACUUAGCACUGAGGUUUGGCACAUCUGUGGCGCACACGGGUAAAAUAUUUCGCAGAAUGAUUGGAAUUCUAGAGGGCAUUAUGAGGAAUGUCGUCGUGUGGCUGCCAAUUGAAACAAUUUUGGCAACAAUGCCAAGGCAAUUUUCUGAAAGUCAGUAUGCCGACACCACCUGCAUCAUAGACUGCACGGAAGUCUACAUGCAGCGGCCUAAGAAACUUUAUCCAAGAGGGCAGACAUACAGCCCAUGCAAGAGUUGUAACACGGUUAAAUUCCUCGUGGCAAUUGCACCAAGUGGCUUUGUAAUGUUUGUAUCAAACGCAUACGGUGGACGAGCUUCAGACAAAUUUAUUGUUGAAGAGUGUGGACUUGUUGACAACUUGAUUGAAGGUAAUGUAAUCAUGGCAGACAGGGGCAUUAGUCUGAGCGAUUCCAUGAAGAGAAAGGGCGUGAAGCUCAACAUGCCAGCCUUCGCAAAAG